UAAAGGGAAAAACAAGAAGAAAGAAAUAUCCAUCAUGUAUCCACAAAAAGGGAAAUUGUAUCCAAUAAGAUUAGGCAUUGCCUCUUGUUUCGAUCCGAAUCACUUCACACAUGCUUCACAUUUAGACUCUUCCAUCACAUGCUAGUGCUACCUAGUAACUUCCAAUUCCCAACAACCCAAAAUGAAAAAUACCAAACUCAUUGAGAAACUUUGGUUAAUUAUUCUUUAGCUCCAACCAAACGAUCUAUCUGACUCUGAGUGUUAGAAAAGCAAAAAAAUACAAUACCAUGGAAGAAGGAAGAAUCAAUAUUCCUAGCAUACCCUCAAGAAGAGAAGCUUCUCCUUACCAAGAUGAUUAUUCAACAAGAGAGGUUCCUUGUUCUUUUCAACAUCAUAGUAGUGUGGAAGCCAGGACCAACAUGGUCAACAACUGAUCCUUGUGUAAUGGCUGAGCCGCCAUCAUCAUCAUUAUCAUCUUCCUCUGUAAUAACCAUUGAAGACUACAAUAAGAAUAAUAGUUCAUAUUCUUCUUGGUGGAUGGGAUUUCUUGAUGAUUUAGAUGGGAAGAACAUGAACAUUAUUGAUAAUAAUGAGGAAACAUCAUUGGAUUGUUACCCUUUUGUGGAUAAUAAUUCUAAGGAUGGGAUUUGUUAUGAAUCACAAUCUUUGGUGGAUGCAAUAGAUCUUAGUUGUUGCUACGCAGAUGAUUGGUUGAUGGUUCCAACAAUGGAGAAGGACUGGGGAGAAAUAGUAUAGAAAUUUACUAUUUUUAUCCUUAUCUUUUUUUUUUUU